AUGAACGAACGCAGUUCUGCGCAGGCGAACACUCCAACGUCAGCCAAUAUGCAGUACAGUUAUGCACCUGGCCAUUUUGAUCUCAUGAACAUGCCGCCUAUACAAAAUCACAAUGACAUGUAUUCAUAUUAUCCUCCAAGUUUGUAUCAACCUUUCGCUCCAUUUGAUGAACAUAGUCAGUGGGGAACGACGGAUACAUCUGGCAAUGUUCCACCACCGCCUCCUCCUGGUCCCAUGCAAUAUCAUCCACAAAUGUAUACACCCUCGCCACUUGAUAUACCUCGCAGUCCAUUUGAUUAUCCACCUCCACCACAUGCCUAUCCACAUUAUCAUCCAGGCUUUACACCAUCAACGUUUCCUGGUCCACCCGCAGCGGCUACAUCCGCAUUCGACAUGUCGUGGACGCCGCACAACCUACCGAUGCAACAGAUGCAAAUUGCUCAACAACAAAUGACACCGAUCGGUGGCGGACCAACAUCGAACAAGAAACCAUCAGUGUACGAUGAAUAUCCGCCUGGUGGCGCUGGUGAUAUGCUCGCUCAACAAAUGAAUUCGGUUGAUCUUGGCGGCACCAAUAACAACGAUGACACACAUAGCUACGACAACGGAACAAACGAUAAUGCACAAAAUGUAAAUGUCCUAUCAUCAAAAGAUCAACAGCAACAACACUAUCAAUCUAAUAGUAGUAAUCUUUCGUUAUCAACGCGUCCAUCUCAAGCACCUUCGUCGAAUGGUCCAAAAUCGUACGCAUCCGUUGUUUCAUCAGACACUAUUAAUUUAAAUAGCAAUAAAUCGACCGCAUCCGUUCCAAACAUGUCUGUUCGUCCUAAUCUACAAUCGUCGACGACGGAGCGUAAUAACGCUGUCUCGAACUAUUCAAAUGACUCUAUGAAUUUGCGUUCGAACGCUAAUCUGCGAGGUAACCACAAUAACAACAAUACGAACAAUUAUUUUCAACAAACACGUAACGGUACAAGUGGAUAUAACUCUCGUAACCAACAGCAACAGCAACAACAAUCAUCUGGUAAUGGAGGAUUUUCGAACUGGACAAAUAAUAAUUCCUCAUCAAAUUUCCGUGGUAACGGUAGUAGUGGUGGUGGUGGUGGUGGUGGUGGUGGUGGUGGUGGUAAUAAUAAUAAUAGUUCGUCGACGAACUAUUACAAUAACGCAUCAUCGAAUUAUUAUGAUCGAUCGUCCUACUCACCACAGCAAACUUCGUCGUAUAAUAAUAAUUAUAAUAACAACACGAAACGCCAAAAUUCGAAUUAUCAUCAAAAUUAUUCGUCAUCGCGAUCAAUGAAUAACAUGAGUAAUGGUAAUGCGGAAGCAUCGGGUAAUGGACAACAACAACUAUCUGCUGUGAAUCAAGAAAUUCUUGACACAUUAAAAAGAAAUCACCAAUACAAUCCAAGGGAAUUCAAUUUAAAUCCAAAAGGAGCCAGAUUUUUUGUUAUUAAAUCUUAUUCCGAAGAUGAUGUUCAUCGUUCGAUUAAAUACAACAUAUGGUGUUCCACUGAACAUGGCAACAAACGUCUAGACGAUGCAUUUCGUGAACGUGAAGGCAAAGGACCGAUCUAUUUAUUUUUUUCAGUCAAUGCUUCCGGACAUUUUUGUGGUAUGGCUGAAAUGAUGUCACCUCUUGAUUAUGAACACAAGACAGAUGUUUGGCAGAUGUCAAAUAAAUGGCAAGGCAAGUUCGAAGUCAAAUGGAUUUACGUUAAAGAUGUUCCUAAUCAACAAUUUCGUAACAUACGUUUGGAAAACAAUGAUAAUAAACCAGUAACUAAUUCACGUGAUACGCAAGAGAUACCUUACGAGAAAGGUAAACAAAUGUUGAAGACUAUGCAUAUGUAUCGUGAUAAAACAUCCAUAUUCGAUGACUUUCAAUAUUAUGAAUCAAAACAGGCUGAAGAAGUCGUUAAGAAACCUUCGAAUAAUGAAUUUAAUAAUACUACUACUAAUAAUACACGCGGGAAUAAUAAUAAUAAACGGCAAUUUUCAUCGAAUAAGUCGUCGUCAUCAACAUCAUCAGUUCCGCUAGAACAGCAACAACAGCCGCAGCAGCAAGAAGAAACCGAAAAUCUAACCAAUGAAAACAAUAAUUAA